UUCUAUUUUAGACAACAGGCCUAUUCUGUUAUUUCCGCUGCCUGACACAGAGGGCAUCUCACAUACGUUUCCUAAAGCACAUAUUUUUAUUUCAAAUUCCUCAAUUUUACACAAAGCAGAAUAAUCUAAAUUAUUUUAUUCUUCAUCGUGUUCGUUUAGCCACGAUCGAUGUUAUUUUUGUUUUUAUUUCAUAAAGUGACAAUCAGAGGAAUUCGCUUAUUGGAAAAACUCGUCUUUUCUUCCGUCAAAUACUGCGUCGCAUUUUUUCUCCAUUUUAACGAGAAGUGUUGUGGUACUCCAUACGUCCAGUUUACGACAAACGACAAAACCACGUCGCGUUUCUGUCAGUUUUAUUAGCAGGGGUUAGUAUCGGAGCGGAAAGCGCUGGCACUACUACACGGGGGCGAGAGUGCGGGAGGAUGCAGGCAGCAUAUCGCGCCCCGCAACUUCAGAACUGCCCUCCAAAAGGUGACAACUACAACAAAGACAGCGACAUACGUUAUUUGCUAAUCAAUACGCGUUGCUGGUGGGUCAGGUAACCACGCUUCAGACCCGUUUGCACCAAAACCUCGUAUGAGGACAGGAUGAGGGGCUGCUCCUUGACCUGAGGAUGGAGAAGAAGGUGUGUGUGAUCCAAACUGAGUUUCGCCAAUACCGGCCCACUGUCACUGUCCACACUAAGCCACUGACUCAUGUUAAUCCUUUGCCACAGUCCUUGCAGUCAGGGAUGAGGGAGAGAGAAGAACUGAAGAAAGCCGUUGAGCAAACGGACCAUCUGCUGUCCAGGGUUUGUGAACUGGAGCAAGAAAAUGCAGGACUUUACAAAGAAAAGAAGGAGAUUUUUGUUAGAUAUCAAGCAGAGCAAGAGAGCCUGCAGGACAUGGAAGAGCGCUGCAACCAGCUGGCCAAGGCCAAACGGGACCUGGAGGAGCAGGUGGCAGGCCUGAGCGAGCGGCUGGAGGAGGAGGAGGGCUGCGUGGCUCAGCUGGCCGCACAGAGGCUGCGGCUGGAGGCGGAGUGCUGCAGCCUGAAGCAGGACCUGGAGGAGCUGGAGAACACACUGAGCUCUGUGGAGAGGGACAAGCAGUCUUCAGACUCAAAUGUGCAGAAGCUGACAGUGGAGCUUUCGCAGAGGGAUGACAUCAUACAGAAACUGCAGAAGGAGAAGGAACGUCUUGUAGAACUCGCUCAGCAAGCCAUAGAGGACCUGCACUCGGAAGAAGAUAAAGUAAACCACUUAACUAAGGAGAAGGCCAAGCUGCAGAUGCAGGCAGAAGAGUUGGAGUACCUUCUUGAGCAGGAGAGGAAGCAGAGGAGUGAUGUGGAAAAGAGCCACCGGAAGCUGGAGGGGGACAGCAAGACUACAGUGGAGAGCCUCAGUGAGCUGGAGAAGAUGAAGGCAGGUCUGGAGGACAUCAUUAAGAAGAAAGAACUGGAGAUGAAUUCUAUGAUAGAAAAACUUGAAGAGGAGGAAACUCUUAAUGUCAGCCUGCAGAGGAAGAACAGGGAGCUCCAGGUGCGGAUUGAGGAACUAGAAGAGGAGCUGGAGACAGAAAAAGCCAUGAGGGCAAAGGUGGAGAAACAGCGGUCUGACCUCACGCGUGAGCUGGAUGACCUGACUGAUCGUCUGGAGGAGGCAGGAGGAGCCACAGCAUCCCAGAUUGAGGUGAAUAAGAAGCGUGAAGCUGAGCUGAAGCGCCUACGCCGUGAGCUGGAGGAGUCUUCGCUGCAGUCGGAGGCGCUGGCGGCGACCCUGAGGAAGCGGCACGGCGACGCGCUGGCCGAGCUCAGCGAGCAGUGCGAAAGCCUGCAGAGGACCCGUGCCAAGCUGGAGAAGGAGAAGCACAACCUGCGCCUUGAGCUGGAUGACCUCACCACUAACCUGGAGAAUCUGCAGAAGGCCAAGGUCGCUAGUGACAACCAGCUGCGGAAGCUUGAAGAAAUUCUGUCUGAGGCCAACUUCAAGAAUGAGGACUUGCAGAAGGGGCUGGCUGAGUCAAACAUUGCCAAGAACCGGCUUACAGCUGAAAAUAAUGACCUGAGUCGGCAACUGGAAGAGGCAGAGAACCGGUCCAGCCAGAUGAACCGGGCCAAAGCCCUGUUGACAUCCCAGUCUGAAGAGCUCAAGAAGCAGCUGGAAGAAGAGUUAAAAUUGAAAACAGCACUCGGACACAGUUUGGGCACACUGAAACAGGAGUAUGAGCUGCUGAAGGAGCAACUAGAGGAGGAGCAGGAGAGCAAGCUGGAGCUACAGCGACAGGUGUCUAGGCUGAACAGCGAGGUCACUCACUGGAGGACCCGCUAUGAGGCCGAAGCCAUUCAGCACACGGACGAGCUUGAGGAUGCCAAGAAGAAGUUGUCAUCACGGCUACAGGAGGCCGAGGAAGCUGUUGAGGCUACCCAAGCUAAAUGCUCUAGCCUGGAGAAAACCAAGCAACGGUUACAAGGGGAGGUGGAGGACCUUUGCUUAGACCUGGAGAAGGCAAGCAGCUCUGCGACGUUACUGGAUAAGAAGCAGCGUGUGAUGGAGAAGCAGCUCUCUGAUUGGAGACAGAAGUGCGAAGAGCUGGUGGCGGAAGUAGAGGGCUGCCAGAAGGAGAGCCGGCAGCAUGCCGCUGAGCUCUUCAAGCUGAAGACAGCCUUCCUGGAGGGCUGCCAGAAGGAGAACCUGGAGCAAGGGGAGGCCCUCCGGAGGGAGAAUAAAGCCUUCCUGGAGGAGGUAGCUGAUCUCAAUGAACAGCUGGCUGAUGUCGGGAAGAGUGUCCAUGAGCUGCAAAAAGCCAAGAAGAAGAUGGAGAUGGAGAAAGAGGAGCUACAAGCCUCACUUGAGGAGUCUGAGGUGGCAUUGGAGGCAGAGGAGACUAAGGUACUUCGUCUGCAACUGGAGUUAUCCCAGGCCAAGGGGGACCUGGAGCGCCGGCUGCAGGAGAAAGAGGAGGAGUUUGAAGCAACCAGAAAAGGUCACCAAAGGGCAUUGGAGUCCCUGCAGGCCAGUCUGGACACUGAGGUUAAAGGUCGUACGGAAGCUGCCCGGCUGAAAAAGAAACUGGAGAGCGACCUGAAUGAGCUGGAGCUCCAGUUGGACCUACUGACUAAGAACAACGGGGAACUGAUGAAAACUAUUAAGAAGAUGCAGCUGCAGAUUAAAGAUCUCCAGACCCAAGUAGAGGAAGACGCGCGGCAGCAGGAGGACCUGCGAGAGGAGCACUCCCUGCUGGAGCGCCGCUGUGCCACGUUGGUGACAGAGGGAGAGGAGACUCGUGCUGGUGCGGAGGCUGCAGAAAGGGCCCGCAAGUGCCUGGAGACCGAAUUGCUGGAAAUGACUGAAAAGUACAAUGACAUAAGUAACCAGCUCCAGUCCGCUAACAAUGGGAAAAGAAAGCUGGAGGCAGACCUUCAACAGAUGACUCAAGACCAUGAAGAGCUAGUGGGCAGCGUGCGGGCUGCGAAUGACAAGGCCAAGAAGGCCAUGUGUGAGGCCAGCCGACUGGCAGAAGAGUUGCGGCACGAGCAGGAGCACACGCUGCAUUUGGAGAGGGUGAAGAAGGGCCUGGAAGCCCAGGUCAAGGACAUGACAGUUCGGCUGGACGAGGCCGAGCAGCUGGCACUCAAGGGGGGAAAGAAGAUCAUCCAGAAGCUGGAAGGGAAGGCGAAAGAGCUGGAGUUGGAGCUGGACACGGAGCAGAAGAGGCACGCUGAGACAGUGAAAACUUUACGCAAGAACGAGCGGCGUCUGAAGGAACUGCUCUUCCAGUCCGAGGAGGACCAGAAAAAUCAGCAGAGGAUGCAAGAACUGGUGGAGAGGCUGCAGAACAAGAUGAAGGCCUAUAAGAGACAAGUGGAAGAAGCGGAAGAGCAAGCCAACAUGAAUCUGGCGAAGUACAGGAAGACGGUUCAUGAGCUGGAUGAUGCAGAGGAACGAGCUGACAUUGCCGAGUCAGCGCUAACGAAGAUUAGGACGAAGAGCAGAGGAAGCUUCAGCAAGGGGUACUCCUCUGGCUACAGCACCCCCUUCCCUGGGAUGGUCAGAUCACCCAGCUCUGUCGGAUCAGAGGGCAGAGGAGAGAAGAUCAUCCAUGAUGACGAGUCUGUCAGCUCCCUCAUCCCAGCUUAUCUGAACUCCCUGAAGAAGCUGAUGAUUGAUGAUUGAGUAACAGUUAUGAAUGUUAUAGGAAAAUAACUGGUGAACACAUUUUAUUGUUUCUUUUUAUAAUUCAGAAUGAUUUCAGUGUUUCACGUGGGUUUUUUUAUGUAAGAAAAUAUAUGGUGUAUUAAGAAUUAGUCCAUGGCUGGACAGUACAGUUAUGCUUAUUGAGUGUUAUACAGUAAAUAAUUAGCAAUCCACAAAUUGUGAGUUAGGUAACACUAAAGGCGUCCAAUAUGACUGUCAAAACAGGCGCUCGUGGCAGCCGGCCAGAGGCCUUCUUGUAAUGCCCCUGAGAAAGGUGCUUAAUCUGAGUGGCUCACUAAGCAUUACGUCUGCUGGGACAGCAAAUGGAGAUGGAAUGGAUGUCUAUUAGCCCCCUUCGGGUACAGAAGGGUGGGAAGUUGGAUGAAGCCUCCAAUACUGCUGUCAAGGAUGAAUUGACAGGAAAACGGGAACAUUCCAUGACUCUUUCCUGAAAAAGUGCUACUUUAUAUCUCAUCAGUCACUGACUGAUUACAAGUGUUCCAUCCCUUGGAAUAUCCCUCCCCUCUCCCAUUGUCAUAGGCUCCCAUCCAUCCCUCCAUUCACCCAUCUUCUGUAACCACUUGUCCUAUUCAGGGAUUCUGGGGGCCUGAACCUAUGGACAUAGGGCAGCGAACAACCUAGGAUGGGGUGCCAACCCAUCACAGGGCAGACUCACACAUGCACACCUAAGAACUAUUUGAUUAAAAUAAACCUCAGCAUGUUUUUGUAUUGUAGGGAGUACCUGGAUGAAACCCCAUGAUGACACGGGGAGAACAUGCAAACUCUUAGUACAUAGACAUGGGGGAGACUUGAGGUCUGGUCCAAGAGGCAUGUGGCAGCAGUGCUAACCACUGCACUGCCAUGCCGCCCCCUCAUGGGCUCCCAUAAAAUUAUAAUCAAGGGCGGCAAGUAGGUAAAAACUGUACAUUGACUAGUACAGUAAAACUGUCAAGUGUCACUCAAUGUCAAUUGAUAAAUACAUUUCGCCUGGACUGUGAAAAUUUGUUUUUAAUAAUAAAAGUCUUUUUGUUUAUCUUA